AUGACAAGAACAGCGGGACUACCUGUACCCAACUGGUAUACUACUGUUGGAACGAAUUAUGCUGCUUAUCCUUGGGUCUCACCGUCUACAACUGCUGAACAGAUUGAUACUACGAGUACAAAGUUUACCAUGGACGGAAAGGCUUCCGGUACUCAUCAUCAUGAUCCUGCUCCUGUCAUGACCACAAGAACCGUAGCACCACCUGUACCCAACUGGUAUGCUGCGGUUGGAAUGCAUCAUUCUAGUAAUACUUCUUACCCUUGGGUUUCGCCAUUUCCAUAUGCUGGUGCUUACACUCGCCAUAUGAGGACGACGCCUCAUAUGGUCUUGCCUGCGCCAAAACCUGCGUUUCCGGAGAAAAUUGAGGAUUUGUGGAAUGCAAUCGAAGGCUUGGUGGAGCAAACAUAUGGAAGGAAAAUUGCGCAAGAUAAGCAUGAGCUAGAAGACUUUGCAAGAAGACUGUUGAAAUCACAGCUGUCGGAUUUUGAAAUGGUUGCCAAAUCAAAAAUGGGCUAG